AUGGUGUAAUAAUUCUGAUAUGAUUCCUUUUUUGCUCACUAACUAUAUUUUAAAUAAAUACAUUAAAAUUUUUGAUAUCUAAAUUGUUAAUGGUUUGAAACACCAUUGAUUAGGAUUGAAUAACAUCUUGUAGAUCGAUAAAUUAACAAUAGCAUAGGCAGCGAUUUGGUCCAAUAGGAUAAGGUAUGGGUAAACGUGGAUGAGGUAUACGUGGAGGAAGAAUGGGUCCGACGCUUAUUCCUCCACCUACUCCUACGCCUGCUCCUGCGCCUGCUCCUGCACCCGAAUCUGGAUCUGAGCCUGCUCCUGCGCCUGCUCCUGCACCCGAAUCUGGACCUGAGCCUGCUCCUGCGCCUGCUCCUGCACCCGAAUCUGGUCCUGAGCCUGCUCCUGCGCCUGCACCUGCGCCUGCUCCUCCAUUCGAACCUGCUCCUGCGCCUGCUCCUGCGCCUGAUCCUCCAUUCGAACCUGCUCCUGCACCUGCUCCUGCGCCUGCUCCUCCAUUCGAACCUGCUCCUGCACCUGCUCCUGCGCCGGAUCCACCGCUUGGUUGUUCAGAACUGGGUUGUUCAGAACUGGAAGAACUAGGUGCGGCAGAGCUGCUAGGUGUUUGGGUUGGUUGUUCAGAACUGGGAGAACUAGGUGCGGCAGAGCUGCUAGAUCCUUCACAUGGUUGUUCAGAGCUGGAAGUUGUUCCAGAUGGUUGUUCAGAUGAUGUUGAUCCUGCACCUCCUGCUCCUGCGCCUGCUCCUGCGCCUGCUCCACCUGCGCCUCCUGCUCCUGCUCCUGCUCCUGCUCCUCCUGCGCCUCCUACUCCUGCGCCUGCUCCUGCGCCUGCUCCUCCUGCGCCUCCUACUCCUGCGCCUGCUCCUGCGCCUGCUCCUCCUGCGCCUCCUGCUCCUGCGCCUGCUCCUGCACCGGAUCCACUGCUUGGUUGUUCAGAACUGGAAGAACUAGGUGCGGCAGAGCUGCUAGGUGUUUGGGUUGGUUGUUCAGAACUGGGAGAACUGGGUGCGGCAGAGCUGCUAGAUCCUUCACAUGGUUGUUCAGAGCUGGAAGUUGUUUCAGAUGGUUGUUCAGAUGAUGAUCCUGCGCCUCCUGCUCCUGCACCUGCUCCUGCGCCUGCUCCUCCUGCGCCUCCUGCUCCUGCUCCUGCUCCUGCUCCUGCUCCUCCUGCGCCUCCUACUCCUGCGCCUGCUCCUGCGCCUGCUCCUCCUGCGCCUCCUGCUCCUGCGCCUGCACCUGCUCCUGCUCCUCCUGCGCCUCCUACUCCUGCGCCUGCUCCUGCGCCUGCUCCUCCUGCGCCUCCUGCUCCUGCGCCUGCUCCUGCACCGGAUCCACUGCUUGGUUGUUCAGUACUAGGAGAACUAGGUGAGGCAGAGCUGCUAGAUUCAUCACAUGGUUGUUCAGAGCUUGAAGUUGUACCAGUUGGUUGUGCAGAUGAUGUUGAUCCUACUCCUACUCCUCCACUUACUCCUCCACUUACUCCUCCACUUACUCCUACUCCUAGUCCUCCUAAUCCUACUCCUAUUCCUCCUCCUAAUCCUACUCCUAUUCCUCCUGCUGCUCCUGCUCCUCCUGAUCCUCCUGCUGCUCCUCCUGCUCCUGCUGCUCCUCCUGCUGCUCCUCCUGCUGCUCCUCCUGCUGCUCCUCCUGCUGCUCCUCCUGCUCCUGCUGCUCCUCCUGCUCCUGCUGCUCCUCCUACUGAUCCUCCUGCUCCUGCUGCUCCUCCUACUGAUCCUCCUGCUCCUGCUGCUCCUCCUGCUCCUGCUGCUCCUCCUGCUCCUGCUCCUGCUCCUGCUGCUCCUCCUGCUGCUCCUCCUGCUGCUGCUCCUCCUCCUACUGCUGUUCCUAUUACUACUCCUAAUCCUCCUCCUAAUCCUCCUUUUCCUCCUACUCCUACUCCUCCUCCUAGUCCUAUUCCUACUCCUAAACCUCCUCCAGUUUUACCCACCUGUCAUAUAAUAAUUUUAAUGUUAAAAAUUUUUUAA